AUGCCAACAUUUACUAUGCCAUUUGACGAUUCAAAAUCAGUCAGACGAGUAUGGAUAAGAAUACAAAAAGAAGAAGAUAAUGAUGACUUGUCUUCUACGCAAUUAUUAUCAUCUCAACGUGCUAAACGAACAUGUCCUCGAUGGAUUUAUUGUGCGAAAAGUCGAAUUCCAGGAGCGUCUAUUGCCGUCUUUACAUCUAAAUUAUUAAAACCAAAUACAUUUUUUGGACCAUAUAUUGGAAUUCGACUUCAAUCAUCUCGUAAAGCAGAUAAUAGCACUUAUGUAUGGACAAUUGAAUAUUCAAAUGGUAAAAUUCAUUCAUAUAUUGAUGCUAUUGGUCAAACAAAAUCAAAUUGGUUACGUUAUGUUAAUUGCACUUGUACAGUAAAUCAAGAAAAUCUUAUUCCUAUUCAAUACAAUUCAAAUAUAUUCUAUAAAACCAUACGAAUUAUUCAACCGAAUGAAGAAUUACUUGUCUAUUCUAAGAAUCUAAAAUAA